AUGAUUUUAUCACAAUGCAUUCAUCGAUUAUGUGGACUCUACUUUUGGGGUUACUGGGCUAAUAUUAUAUAUAUUAUUGGUAUGAUAGGAUAUUUAAUAAUCGAUACAAUUAGUUAUAUGUAUAUAUCACUCAAUGCGAUGUUUUCAUAUGUUAUUUAUUUAAUUCUUGCUAUUAUUUUUGUAAUUGAUGCAAUUUUAUAUACAAUUGAUUGGUAUAUAUAUGCUGUAAAAUUACGAAAAAAUAAAGAUCAACCAAUACAAUAUCGUUCGGAAUUUUUAGCAUGUAUUUUUCAACAUAUUGGUAGUAUUUUUUA